CACUCAUGCACCGAAAAGUUUCUAGAAGGUCAUCACACCACAACAAGGCCGGGAUUUCGACGCUCAUUGUGGCCUUUACGGCAUGUACCCGGUCUAGUUUGUCGAUUCCCUCUUUUUUGACCACAUUUUUCCUCUGAUUUCUCAACCUUUCCGAAGUCUUUGAGACCGAAAUACACCGUGAACCUGCAUCUGGUUUAAUAUGGAGUACCUGGUUCGCUUCUCACAAUGGCAUGAGACCUUCCGUCUCGCCGAGCUGCAAGCACUUGCCCAGGUCGCGGGCAUCGAGAUGCAGGUGCUGUCAUACAGUGAUGAGUCUCCCUUUUGCCUGGUCAAGCUGCCUUCAGAGGAUGCAGCUCGAACGAUACUGCAGAGAUCCAUUCUGGCGCAGAGCAUCCAUGAGCACUGGGGCACGGCGGACACUUAUGACGAGCUUCAUGCAAUUGUUAAGCGAGAGACCUCACACCUAUGGCCUCGGUACCACGACGUGUCUUUCAAGAUCAACAUUGACACCUUCUAUGGAGCCCGCAGCGCCAAGAAGAAGCUCGAGCUCAUCAACUCAUUCUCAUACUUGCCCCUAGAGGGACGGAUCCUUCUCAGUUCGCCGGACCAGGAAUUCACCAUCUUUGAGCAGUGGGAAUUCGGUGCGGUGCCAAAGAAUUUGCCCAACCCUAUCAAGGUCCAUUUCGGCAGGCUCAUAGGAACAGGUGUUCGAGAGCUGGUCCGCAAGUAUGACUUGAAGAAACGAGGCUAUAUCAGUACAACAUCUAUGGACUCGGAGCUCGCGCUCAUCACUGCCAAUAUCGCCUGUGCUGCCCCUGGUAAGCUGUUCUACGAUCCAUUCGUGGGAACCGGCAGCUUCCCAAUUGCAUGCGCCCAUUUUGGGGCGUUGGGAUUCGGGUCGGAUAUCGAUGGGCGCAGCGUCCGUGGAGAAGGUGGCAAUAAGAGUCUGAAAGGCAACUUCGCUCAGUACGGCCUGGAGAAUUGCCUUGGGGACGUCUUUGUUUGCGACUUGACAAACACGCCAGUGCGCAGAAUGCGAUUUCUCGACGGCAUUGUGUGCGAUCCUCCGUACGGGGUUCGCGAGGGCUUGAGAGUAUUGGGUUGCAGAGACCCGGAGAAAGACGCCUGGGUGGUGGAGAAGGGGAAGCAGUCAUACAAAUUGGCCAACUUUGUGCCACCGAAGAAGCCAUACAGCUUCGUGGCUAUGCUCGACGACAUUCUCAACUUUGCCACGGACACACUGGUAGACGGUGGCCGCCUAUCGUUCUGGAUGCCGACAGCCAACGAUGAAGAGCAAGACAUACCGGUGCCAACACACCCGAGUCUUGAGGUGGUUGUCGUCUGCGUCCAGGCAUUCAACAAGUGGUCUCGAAGGCUCAUCACAUACCGUCGCAUCCCUGAUGCCGAGGUCGACCAAGUCGCCCUUGCAGCGAGAACACAAGCGCUGGUAAAUGGAUACACUGCCGACGACCUCAACCCUUUUCGGCGCAACUACUUCCGCGGGUUCCGCCCAGAAGAGGGAGUCACUGCCGCCGGUGAGGUUACGAACACCAGCGCCCUGCCACGUACAGACUGAGGCAGAAAAAGUAUGUGUGGUCAUGACCAAACCAAAGGCGCCUGACUCGACAAAGAGCAGCUGGCAACGUAAGCAUGCAUCCAACACGGGCUGCAUAUCCGGCCGGCUAUCCAUGACGGCCUCUUAGUCCCAGGCAUCGUCAGAGUCGUCCUUUCGAUGCUGGUAGAGCACACUGCGUCAAUCGAAGUAAUACGUGGUGGUCUCUCCUCUAAGCGGGCCAGUAUAUGCACAAACCUCAAAACCCUGUGCUGUCUGACAGGAAUGCACUGCUUCGUAGAAGUUGGGUUGCGGGAAACUUUAUCGA